GGUUAGGGUAGUGUGCUGACGGAGCAGUGCUCACCUUAUCCUAGAAAAGCUUAUCCCGGAACUUGCAGAAAUCGCAGUACACCAUAAGUGUAUAACCCAAUUUCAGAUCUUCCCUGUUCGCAUUAAAGAGUUUCUGAAACUUUAUUCAAAGCCUAUUCUUCCGAUUCUCUCUACCACUCGUGAAAUACGCCUUCGUUCUUACCUCACACUAUUAUCUCCUUCUACUUGCUUGUCCUGAUUCGAAGCUUGGAGUGUCGUUUCCGAGGUUCUCUACAUUUGCUUAGGCGGAAAUCCCCCACUCCGAUAGGUUCCUAAAACUGAAACAGGCGGUGCUACAUUAAGUUCAUAAGAAAGAGCAAUGACAAGAAAGGGCUAGAGGGUCAAAAAGAACCUAAGAAGGUAUAUGAUUUCAUGCUCGACUAUGUUGGUGUGUUUAUCUCUCGAGCCUUUUUGAUGUAAGUUAUGUUCAUAUAUAUAUGUAUAUAAAUGCGAAAGCUUAUAUGAUUAUUGUUAAUACUGGUGUAAAAUAUUCAUUUGCUGCCGUGUUUGGUCCUAGUUAUGUCAUUGUUGUGUUUUUAACAAACCUUGUCUAAAUUUUUGUUAAGAUAUAAAUGUAGAGUGCUAUCAUUCAAGUGCCAAUGUUUCCUAUUUUCUUUUUCUUUUGUUUUGAACAAACUUCGCAAGACAGUUUAAUUCAAGGCUAAAAGUUUGAAGCAUAUUCUCCUGCGGUGUCAUUUUCUUUUUAUAAUAAAUAAGCCUUUCUCUUGUGCCCUGAUGAUUCUUAUAUUGUUGAAGGCUUCUGUUUUUUGGUUCCCGUGUUGGAGUUGAUUACAAAUCAGUGGAUAAAAUAUUAUGCAGAAUCAGAUACUCUCAUAUUUUCAAUGAUUACAAAAUAAUAGAUGACAUACUAAUUUAUAUUAUUUUUUCAGUUACGGAAUUCAGAUUUUCAUUUCAGAAUCAUAUUUUUUUAAAAUUACCGUGUUCAAAUCACCAACCAAUCAAGCCCUGUGUUUUUCUGAUGGUUUGAUAGAACGAAGUGAUGGGUGUUCGUUCCCGUAGCGGUAGUGAUCGACUAAGAACAGUUUGGACCCCUGAAAUGGAUCGGUAUUUCAUUGAUCUCAUGUUGGAACAAGUCAACAAAGGAAAUAAAUUUGAUGACCAUUUGUUCAGCAAACGAGCCUGGAAGCACAUGGCUUUGUUGUUUAAUUCAAAGUUUAAGUUUCAGUAUGAGAAAGAUGUUCUUAAGAAUAGGCAUAAAACGUUGAGGAAUCUGUAUAAGGCUGUUAAGAAUCUCCUUGACCAGAGAGGCUUUAAUUGGGAUGAAACUCGCCAAAUGGUUACUGCUGAAAACAAUGAUUGGGAUGAAUAUAUUAAGGCACACCCAGAUGCUCGUUCCUUUAGAAUAAAAACCAUUCCAUAUUACAGUGAUUUGUGUAGGAUAUACAGAGAUGCAUUCCCUGAGCCAACAGGUAAGAAUGUGCCUGAGGGAUCCUUGCUUUCAAGUGGUAAAGUAGCUAUUGAAGUUACACAGCCAAGUGAAGUUGGGGAUGGGGACACACUGGCGCUUCAUGAUAUCAUGAUUGAUGAAGAUUAUGGAAUAACUAUAUCCGAGAAAGAUGCUGAACUUGAAGCUCCACAACAGGCUAUGGCGAGCUCGAGAGGAACCACAUUAAGUAAUCGAACAAGAACUUAUUGGCAGCCGCCUAUGGACCGGUAUUUCAUUGACCUCAUGUUAGAACAGGUGCAGAAAGGCAGCAGGAUUGAUGGCGUAUUUCGGAAACAAGCAUGGAUGGAGAUGAUUGCGUUGUUCAAUUCCAAGUUUGGGAUUAGCUAUGACAUGGAUGUUCUUAAAAAUCGGUACAAGACUUUGAGAAGGCAAUUUAAUGUGAUCAAGAAUCUACUUGAUUUGGAUGGUUUUGUUUGGGAUGAGACGCGCCAAAUGGUGACUGCUGAUGACUGUGUCUGGCAAGAUUAUAUCAAAGAUCAUACAGAUGCUAGACAGUUCAUGACCAGGCCUGUACCUUAUUAUAAAGAUUUGUGUGUGAUAUGCGAUCCAUGUUCUGAUGAAAAAGAGAGCUCUUCUGGGCAAGGGUUGGAGCAACAAAAUGAUCAAGAUACUAGGUCUCCAGCUACAUCAGUUUCAAACAGUGAAUUUAAGAACAAGCGUCAACUAGAGAACUGGUCUUCCCUUCCUCAAUCAAAAAGAUUUCGGGAAAAAGACGAAGGAAUGGCUAGUGCUUUUCGUGAGAUGGCUACUGCAGUUUCUUCUCUGUCAGAUAAUAAGAAAACUGAAGAGAACUACUCCAUCCCAAUAGAGAACGUGAUUGAAGCAGUGCAAGCUUUGCCGGAUAUGGAUGAAGAGCUUGUGUUGGAUGCGUGUGAUUUGAUAGAGGAUGAGAAAAAGGCCAAAACUUUUAUGGCCUUAGAUGUUAAGUUACGUAAAAAGUGGUUGUUAAGAAAACUGAGACCGCAAGCAUAGCCAUUUUAUUUGUGCUGUAGUCGACUUUUGUUUUGGUGGAUGGGCUACACAAGUGAAUUAGUGUAUCGUGUUCAAGAAAAGGAAAAUGAAAGAAUUCACAUCGUAGAGAGAUAGAGAGGCAGAUAUGAAAGAAGCUUGUAUCUAUAUGUAUCUACAUUAUUUGUUGAAGUGAUUCAAAUGAUUAGUUCAACUAGUAAUAAUAAAGAUUAUAGAUUUUUAUCAAUA